CUCAUCUUUAUUUUACACUGGAAAAAAACUUGAAGACAAACAAAAAUGGCAGCAACAGCAAUGAGUGUAAACCUGGUUGGUGCAUUCAGAGGACUCUCACUAUCAUCAUCAUCAUCAUCUUCAUCUUCGUGUAGUUUCUUUAGAGGAGAUUUUGAUUCAAUUUACACCACUACUAACGGGAACAAGUUAUGUAUAUCAUAUCCUUUGUUUCAAAACCCUUCAAUUCCACUGACAAUCGAGUCUGCGCAUAAGAAAGGAGCUGGUAGUACUAAGAAUGGUCGUGACUCUAAAGGUCAAAGACUUGGUGUUAAGAUUUAUGGUGAUCAAGUUGCUAAACCUGGUGCUAUUAUCAUUCGGCAACGCGGUACCAAGGUCCAUCCAGGGAAGAAUGUUGGACUAGGCAAGGACCAUACCAUCUUCUCUUUAAUUGAUGGAUUAGUGAAAUUUGAGAAGUACGGACCAGACAGGAAACAGGUAAGUGUUUACCCACGUGUGCCAGUGCCUGAGAACCCUGACAGUUACAAAGUACGGAAGAGAGAGGCCUUCAGGAUGCAACGUGAGCGCCGUAAAGCUAGAAAGGAAGGAAUUGUGUUGAAGCCUCAAUUGAUCUUAGCUUCAGUAGAGGAAGAAGGCUCUGAAAGUAACUCACUUUGUUAAUCCAGUAUCGAUAUGAGCUCGACUCUGAAGGCGAUUGUCUUUGUUUUGCAGAAAUCUGCAUUUCCUUUUGACAUGUAAGAAAUAGGCUUCGUACAAUUAGAAUCAAGUUCCCUUGUUUACCUUCUUUGUGUAUCAUUUGUUUUGGAUCCGUAAAGAUAUCAGUAUACAUUUAAUAUUACAGAAGCAAUGACAAUUCUUGUUUUUGCUGUCUCUUCUGUUUGUGAA